CUCUUCCGCGCCCCCCCCCCCCCCCCCCGCCCAAUUUCUCCCCCACGGAUCUCUCCUUUCCGCCCGUUUCUUGCGAUCUUUUGUCGCCCCUUCGUUCCCCCACUGAAUCCCGAUCGAGUCAGGGGAGCCCUUCCUCUUGAUUGCAUCGAUCGCUCGAUCCUACCGUGAUUCUUUCGCCGUGGAUUGGGAAGUCCGGGAGCCUUUUGUUCCCGGGGGUCGACUUCUUUCUGGAAUGGGCGAUCUGCAGUCGUGGCCGCCGCUGGCCAACGGCGAUGCGUCGGAGGGUCACCAUUCACCUCGCUCGCGGUGGCACGAGCCUAAUCCGCAUCCCUCCGCGAUCAAGGACGAGAAUUGGCAACGGGCCGAGGAGGCCACUCGAGAGGUUUUGCGGUGCAUUCGCCUCACGGUGGUUUCCGAACAGAGGCGGAAGGCGGUUGUGGAUUACGUGCAGCAGCUGCUCAGAACGCGCAUCAAAACUGAGGUGUUUCCAUUUGGAUCAGUUCCUCUGAAGACAUAUCUUCCUGAUGGGGAUAUUGAUCUGACUACAUUUGGUAUUCCAAAUACAGAAGACACUUUGGCAAGUGAGGUAUGUGCAGUUCUUGGAGAAGAAGAACAGAAUAAGGAUGCUAAAUUUGAAGUGAAGGAUGUACAACUCAUUCGUGCUGAGGUUAAACUUGUCAAAUGCAUUGUGCAGAAUAUUGUGGUUGAUAUAUCAUUCAAUCAGAUUGGUGGGCUUUGUACACUUUGCUUUCUUGAGAAGGUUGAUCGAAAAAUUGGAAAAAAUCAUCUUUUCAAACGCAGUAUAAUGUUGAUCAAAGCAUGGUGUUAUUAUGAAAGCCGCAUUCUAGGUUCUCAUCAUGGUUUGAUUUCUACAUACGCAUUGGAAAUAUUAGUAUUGUAUAUCUUCCAUCUGUACCAUAAUUAUUUGGAUGGCCCUCUAGCGGUUCUCUAUAUGUUUUUGGACUACUACAGCAAAUUUGAUUGGGACAAUUACUGUAUCAGUUUAGAUGGCCCUGUUUCUAUUUCUUCACUACCGAACCUAGUUGUGGAGCCACCAGAAACUAUUGGGAGCUGUUUACUACUCAAUGAGGAAUUUAUUAAAGAGUGCACAGAAAUGUUUUCAGUUCCAUCUAGGGUAUAUGGAAACAACUAUCAGGUAUUUGCCCAGAAGCAUUUAAACAUAGUUGAUCCAUUGAAACAAAACAAUAAUCUUGGACGCAGUGUCAGUAAAGGUAACUUUUAUCGAAUACGUAGUGCAUUUACAUAUGGCGCUCAGAAACUUGGUCGGAUACUUCUAUUACCUCCUGAAAGUAUUGCAGAUGAAGUUAAUUUGUUCUUCAAAAGUACUUUAGAUAGACAUGGAAGUGGAGAAAGGCCUGAUGUACAAGAUGCAGCUUCUAGUUGUCUGGACAGUGGAACUAUUAGGGUCGAAUCUAUGCUAUCAAACUUAAAAGUUGAAGAUGUCAACAAGGAGAUUCAUCUUUCAAGUUCAUCAGCCAAUGACUCUAAUGGACAAUUAUGUGACGAGAUAAAUACAAUCAAGACUUCAGAUAUGGACUGGGAGCACGUAUUGAAAAAGCAACCUGACAGGCAUUCAUCUAGUCUGAAUAAUAAUGCAAAUUGGCUGCAUGACUGUUCUAAAAUCGGUUCCACUGUACCUGCAGAAGAUGUUUCAGGCAAACAUUUGUUUGAUGACCCCAGAGAUCUUGUUUCAACCAGACCAUGUGAUUCAAGAUUGUCAGAUGAAAAUUGUAUGGCUUCGAUACCUGGAAAAGCUUAUCAUGCAUCCCAUUUGUUCUUCCAUGUUGGAAACAUUGCUGAGGAUGAGACUGUUGAUAAUUUGAAUUCGGGGGAUGGUGGAAUGCCACGAGCAUCUUCAGGCAGGCUUACAGCUCCUUGUGAUGAAUUGAAACUCGAAAUCAAUUCAUCCGGUAGUGCAAAAUCAAUGGUUGCUAUCGCUGCUGGUUCUAUUCAUGAAACAUCACCAACAAUUUCAGAAGAUUCAAGCCUUGGGGACUGCUCAAAUGAUGGAACUUUUAAUAAUGCAAGUUCCGGAUUUAGUAAAUCAUCAGGCCUAGCUGGUGAUUAUCGUCUGUACUUUAGCAACCUUCAACAUGCUCAGGAGUUCCAAGAACGCAUAUCAAACCCAUAUCUGGUUCCAAUUUACCAAGCAUCUCCAUCCCAGUAUCAAAGCAAGCACUCCUGGGAAAUGCAAAGCAUGUACUCACAUAUAGGUGCAAAUGGAUUUCUUUCUGCAUCACAUUUUUCUCCAAGUUAUUAUGUGAUCUCACCUGUGAUCUGUAAUGAUUAUGGUCCCAAAGAUACCACAAAAACAAGGGGAACAGGCACAUACCUUCCGGACACGAAUUCUCGUGCAUACAGAGAGAAACAUUCAUCAGGAAGAGGCAAGAAUGAAAUGCUUACAAAUCACCUUUCAAGAAACCGCAAACAUAGUCACAUGGACACACCACAAUAUGGUAGUUUAUCAGAGGAAAGGAAUCACUGGCCAUCCCCAUGGCCACAAACUCCUUCUAUGGGAAAUGGUUAUGAAAGGCCAAUAUCAUUGGACGUCCCUCAGUCUUCACCUCCUGUUUCUACGGCAUUUUCCCAAAGCAAUGGCUAUGCAUAUCCACCAGAGCGCAAACUUGAAUUUGGGUCUCUUGGUCCUGUUACAGUGGAAGUUUCCUCACCAGGACGAGGCAGCAAUUUAAAGUCAGCUAAUGCCACUGGUCAGGGCUCUGGGUCAGCAGUCCCUGCAUCAACAGUUGAGAGGCCUCCUAAAAGUUUGAAAAAUGAAUGGCUAAAUCAGCCAUAUCAGCUCAAAGAUGAUGGUGACUUCCCUCCUCUAGCCAGCUGACUGCUGUGAAUAGCAACAUUUCACUACAUAAAGGAGGGAACAGACAUGGGGAGACUAUCCAACAACAAAUGCUAACAACCAUUUGGAGCAGUUGCUUGAGCAGCAUUGCCGAGGUUUCUGAAGUGAGAAAGCCAUGUAUUUGUUCACUGGGAAAUUGAUUCGACGCAUCAACAUCUUUGUUUUGACGGUAAAACUGCUUCAGGUCCAAUUUUUUUCCCCUUCCACUUUCCACUUUGCUCAACAUGUUCUUCUUCACCAUGAACUUGUAGUUUCCGAUUUGUGUGAACUGCUGCACGCUAGAUGUGUUUCAGUGUGCGUUCAUACAAAAUCCUCAUCUUGUCAGCUGAUCCAAAUAUACAAUUCGUUUGUUACUCAUGAGCAUACCGGAUUUAGUGUAUGGUAGCGAAAACAUUACUUGUACUUGGGACACAUUCAUAUUGAUCGAUACUUGGACUAAUUUAGGCGGAAAUUGCAGCAUUUAAUUUAGUCCA